UAACGACCCCGUGUGUUUUAAGCGGAUGUAAAAACACUUUUUCAUAUCACAUUAGCUUGUUUUCGCUGACACGUUAAAAACCUGAAUUCAUCGAACCUCAGCCGCGAAAAUUGCAGCAAAAUGUCUUACUUCGAUAAAGUGUUGAUAUUAUCGCUGUUGAUAGGAUCCAUGUCUAACUGUGCUGCCGACACAACGCCGCCAAAGUAUCCAGGAUUUCCCGAGCAGUACGUCAAGGUUCCCACACGCUGGUGUUUCAACUAUGUUCUGCCGAGCUGCAGUCCGCAGUGGACACAGUGUGCCUGCAACAAACCAGUCUUCAAUGUCAGCGACAUUGGAGAAGACUGGGAUUACGUGAGGAUCGGCGCAGAUGAUGCAGAGGGCCGCUGCGGUCCCAGCUGUCUGCUGAACACCUCUAUUUCGUUGCCACGUCGGCCUAAUGUGGUCGCGGUCUGGCUCAUUGAUAUCUGGGUGGCGCCGGAUGACGGUCCCUUCCCUGUCGGCCGCUUCCUGCGAAAUGUUCAGCCGACAGUGCGAUGGUUGCGACUGGUGCAAAUCCAUCUGCCUACGUUGAGCCGCGUGACCUUUGCGGGCUUUGCGGCCUUGGAGAAGCUCCAACUGAUCCGCAACCGGAUGUCGGCCAUUGCGCUGGACGCCUUUGCAUCCUUGUCGGCAACGCCCACUUUGAACCAAUUCUGGAGCGAAGGAAACCCUUCUUCAAAAUUCGAUUUGGCGGUGCUCAAGCCAGUGGCGGCUAGCCUCAGGGACAUCACCUUAAGGAUGAACGACAUUGAGGAGAUCUACUUCAGUGAGUACUUCCCGAUGCCGGCUGUGGAAUGGGUGGAUUUAGCGGGAAAUAGUCUUACGCGCAUCAACGACACUUUGUUGGCCAGUGUGUCAAAUGCGCAGCUGCGACCCUAUCUGCGGCUGGGCUUCAAUCGCUUCUGCGUCAACAGCGCAGAGUGCCGCUGCUCCUCGUUAGACAAUCUGUGGAGCUUCUUCCUGAAGGCACCGCGUAACAAAUUGCUACCUAGAUUUUUCUACCAGCACCCGUCGGACGAGUUGACAUGCGGCAAUUACACCAUUUGGCCCGAGUCCCCGCAAUUCGAGUCGAGAUUCGUUCCCUUUUCGGGCCGAACAGACGGACGGGAUUACUAUGCCGAUGUGAUCAGUUUGGCGCGUACACGCCUCAAGGCCCUUCUGCCGGACAAAGACCGACUUACCAAACAUUCUAUCGCUCAUGCGCUCAGCAAAUCGACUCCAAAAACAGCACAGAACUAAAGAAAACUGUGUUCCAGUAGCCUGGUAGGAUGUCUCUAAAAAUAAUAAAUUUGGCCGCGGCGCUUGGAUAUUAAUAAAAAUUAAUAAUACACUGUAAGAAAACGUUUAACAUGCGUGACCUCAACCGGGUCAAUUUAACCGUCAUGUGCUGAUUCACUCCAUGGAACUGCAUGCGUCAUAUAUACUGGCAGCUUUUUUUAACAGCGAACUUAACCCAUUGCGGCAUGUUAUUGCCAUAUAGUCAGCGCAUGAUGUUUUUGAAUAGAUAAAGACAUGCGGAAGCGCCCGUUUACAGGCCUGGGUGCUCAAUAAGCAGGCCAAUCAAUCACCGAAAUUCGUAUCUGUACUUCCCGGCUCCCAGCAGCGACAAUACAACUACU